AUGCCUACCAAAGUCGAGACCCGAGGGCGUUGGCAGGAGCAAAAGGUCGUCAAGAGGCACGAUGGUAUGUGGGUUGUCGAAGGGCAUGCACCAGCCAUAGUUCUCCCAGGCAACGGCCGAUUCGAUCAGCCCAGCUUGUUCGGAGGACAUACCCUGCCUUUCCUUCCGACACAUUUGAUGAUCACUCUCAGUGUCAAAAUUCCACCAGCGGGCGCCACUCCGCCACACUACCAUGGUGGCGCAGCCGUCCACGCCACGGUCAUCCGCGGCUCCGUCCUGAACCAGACUAUCUGCCCUUCCGAAGACCCUGCUGGACAAGGCAGUGGUGUACUACAGUACGCACCUGGCGAAAGCUGGUUCGAGCCGCCCGGGUGCCAUCAUGUACUGUCCCGGAAUGCGAGUGAUACCGACGAGGCGGAGUGCGUGGCUGUCUUCGUCGUCGAGAAGAAGGUAGUGGAGGAGCUGGGCCUGAAGGGGCUUGUUGUAAUUGAUGCUGCUGUGGAAGACGCCAGGCUGUGA